CCGCGCCGGGCGGGGCUAGGGCUGUCCCUGGUCCCUGGUGCCGCCUCCAUCUGGGUCUCCACCUCCCGGACCUGCGGCGUUGGUGAGGUCCGGAGCGCGGCUUUCCCGCGGGCGGCGCGAUGGGUUGCGGGAACUCCACUGCCACCAGCGGGGGCGCGGGCCGAGGUCCAACGGGAGCAGUUAAAGAUGCGACAGAAGACUCAAUAACGGACGAAGACAAGAGGAGAAACUAUGGCGGAGUGUACGUUGGUCUGCCUUCUGAAGCUUCCAAUAUGGUGUCUAGUCAAGCAAAGACAGUACGGAAAAAGGAAGAUAACGUGAUGUCUGGACAGUCAAGAGCCCAUUCAUGAAUUUGGAAGGAAUUUGGCUCCAGGGACAUUGUAUCUUCAAAUAGAUCCUGAAAGAUGGUCCCCUGCUGUGCCUCCUCUCCCAAAUCCUUAGUGUGUAGUGAAAGCCAUGGGUGCAAACUGCGCAUUGUGGCCGUCGGAGGAAAUUGGUGAGACUUGGUGCUCACUGGGAGGACCCCGCGUCACCCACCAGUGAGGGAGCCGUAAGGCUGUUGCCACCCAGCUCACAGAAGUCAUGUCUUUUCAAUGAUAACCUUUUGAUAGUUUUUAUAUAGCGCAAUCCUUACUGUAUUUAUAACCCGGUAUUAGGGCCAUAUAAAGGAAUUACCUGAAGUAAUAUAUCGUCUCUUGUCCUUUGACGUUUCUCCUUCGUCAUUUUUUCAGCUGUGAAGUUGGUAAUAGAGUCUCACAACUUUCUUCCUAGUCGGUUUAAAACUUUCAUUUAAAUGUAGAGAAUUCCCUCUGUUGAGGACAUUGCAAGUAUUUGAAAAUGAACCAGUUAAAUGUGCAUGCUCCCUACACAGGUGUGGAUUUAAUUCCUGUUUUCUUUAAUCAGAGGCUUACAUGGCUCCAGUUGCCCGUUCUCCCUGUGUGUAAUUAGAGCAUCUCAUCGUGUUAAUUCCGUACUGUCUCUUAGGACUACGGUUGAUGUUUAGUGGGAUAGCCGGAAAGUUCCGAAUUUGCUAACAACAUGUACACCUACUUAUGACUGCAGUGUAAGCAACCGGGUUUACCAGCGUAUCUCAAAUGAUUAAAUAUUUUUAUCCCCCUUUA